GACUGGGUGGACUGACUGUAAUGGGAAAUAUUUCUUUUCCACCCUGUUUGAACUGAUACUUGGAACAAUGAAGCUGCCAGACAAUGAUAUCGAUGUAAUUAUGACCACAAGUGGAUGUAAAACCCAAGAAGGAUUUAAUGAAAUUGGAGAGAUACGUGACCUGCACUAUGACGGGUACAGUGCAGUGGUGGGGAACGUACCAGAUCUAUUUAUUAAAUACAAAGAUUGGUAUUUGGUGCUAGUGGAGGUAAAAAAGGAAGGAGAUAAAGAUGGUGUGUUACAAAACUAUAGAGCAGUGCAUGGACUGUGGAAAGAUGAAACGCAAGAGAAAUGUGUGGGAGUUGUGUGUAAAGAUGGAGCAACUUCUCUGCUCUUCCACCAACGUCAAAAGAAUAAUAAAUUCGUAAUAGGAGGAGGGAAAUACAACCUGAAUGAUGAUGUAGGGUUGGUAAAAUUCUCUGAGAGACUAUACCACUAUCUCAGACUGACCAUUAGUUCCGAAUAGAAUCACCAUUACAGUCUGUCUCUCUCCCUACUCCUUCCCAACCCCUUCCACAAGAGUCACCAUCACAGUCUGUCUCUCUCCCUACUCCUUCCCAACCCCUUCCACAAGAGUCACCAUAUACAGUCUGUCUCUCUCCCUACUCCUUCCCAACCCCUUCCACAGGAGUCACAUAG